UUUAUCGCUGUGGUAGCUAGUGGGAACUCCAAGCGGUCCCCAGUCGCUAUUCAUAGACGUUGCGGUAUUAUGUACUGUAUUUUGCUGCUUUCAUUUUUUCUUGUAGCUAGCCUGCUAGCUAGUUGUCAACAAUGGGCGAUAGUGAGCAGGUAGAGUGGACGUUUAUGAAAUUAUACCUUAACGAUAUUGGAAACGCUCUUUCAGAUAAAUCUGGAACAUGGAUGUCGAAAAGAAAACCGGCUGCCUAUCAUGAAGAAGAACAAGUAGGGGUGACACCCACUCAAAGGUCUGAGAGGCAGCUGAGAACUCCCCAGAGAAACUCCAGGUGUCAAAGUCCCAGGACACAUUCUAAACACCUGACAGAAGAAGAGAGGGGCUUUUCUCCUGUGUCUGGGUCUGGGGAGGAGAGCGACAAGGAGGCCUCCCCACCAAAAAGGAGGACCACAAUAAGCAGCUCAAAAAAGACAAGAACCAAGUCUCACACAAAGGAUUAUGAUGACUGUUCUGGGACAGAAUCUGGCAAGCAGCCAGAGAAGAGCACACAAAGAAAGAAAGGGCACAGCAACUCAAAAAAUAAUAAGACUAAUACUCACUGUAAGGAGGAAGAUAAUGACAACUUGUCAGACAAACCAACUGUGGUGGCUUCCCCCGGAAAAAGGAGCAGGCAAUGUAGUGACUUCAAUGUAUUUGAAGCAGAGGCUGAACCAAAUAAUACUGUGUCUGAGCCUGAGGUGGAGGUAGUUGUGGAGGGGGAGACUGAAGUGGCGUCUGCUUCAAAGAGGUGGAAACAGAACAACACCCCCAAAACAACUAAGCAUCAUGCCGAGGACAAAGCUGAGAGUGAACAUUAUGAGUUGGUAGAACAGGCUGACGAGACUCCCAUUAGAAAAAAACUUAGCAAGUCUAAAAAGAUAAGAACGAGGACUCCCUCUGAAGACGUGACGGAAGAUGAAAGUGACCACUUUGAGACGGAAGUACAUGCUGCAGCUGAAGACACUACCCUCAGAAAAAGACAGAGGAGGUCGAUGGAAUCUAGAAAGAAGAGCUCCAAGAGUCCUUCGAAGAAAGCCAGUGAUGCAGAGAGUGAUGGUGAAUCAGGCAAACAUGUUUCCAAGAGUCUGCCUAAGGACUUACAUGAAGAAGAGAGUGACCAAGAUGCUGAGAAGCAGUCUAAGAACCUCCGUGAGGAGAGUGACCAAGACUCUCAGACGGAGCCUAAAGGCUUAGGAGCAGAGAAUGAGAUAGAACAGGAGGUGUUACCUGCAAAGGGAGAAAGAGGACCCAAGAGCAUGAAGACCGUGAAGUUAGAUUCCAACUCUGACUCUGAAAAUGUCACUAUUAAAAACAAAGGCAAAAAGCAAGGUGCCUCGGGUUUGAAGGCACCAAGAGUAAGAUUUAGACCACCUGUAGAGAAAAAGAAAAGGGUGAAAAUACUUCAUAUUUGCAGUUUCUGUGAAAAGGUCCUGCCUAACAGGGAUGCUCUGGGUAGGCACCUUCAGCGUCACACAGGGGAGAAGCCUUACCACUGUGAAGAGUGUGGCAAAGACUACGGCAGCAAAAACACCCUGAAGAUUCACAAUAUGCAGGUUCACCACAAGGGGACAAAGGACUUCAUAUGCAAUGAUUGUGGUCAACAGUUUACCCACUUCACGUACCUCAAACGCCACCUGUACUCCCACACGGACAAGGAAAAGAGGCCACACCUGUGCAAUGUGUGUGGGAAGCAUUUCAUCCAGAAGUCUCACUUGGACCGUCACAAGAUGAUUCACACCGGAGAGAAACCAUUCAACUGCGAACACUGCGCCAUGGCCUUCAAUCGGCCGGACUCCCUGCGGAUGCAUCUGAAGCUACAUGUGUCGGGUAGUGAGGGGCCAAAUCUGGCAGAGCAAGAGAAGACUAAGUGCACAGCGUGUAAGAAGAGCUUUGUCAACCCAAAUUACCUCAAAGUCCACAUGAGAAUACACACGGGGGAGAGGCCAUACAAGUGUGAGGACUGUGCCAAGAGCUUCACCCAGAUCAGUAUUCUCAACGCGCACCGGCGCACGCACACUGGAGAGAAGCCACACGAGUGCAAGGCGUGCGGCAGCUGCUUCACCCGUCGCAAGUACCUGGAUGAUCACAUAGGCAGAAAGCAUGGUUCUUUAGAGCAAAUGAAUGAACAGCAGGAUGAACAAUGAUACCUGAGUUUUUAGGUGUUGUGACUUAAUGUGUGUAACACAUAAUAUAAAUAUUGAAGAUCAGGCAAGGCUGGACUGUUGCCUAGUAGUUUCUCUUGUGAUGUUGCAGGAUGUUUUUUCCUGUCAUGCCAUGAUAAAAAUACUGUUUUGGCUUUAUAGUGGCGCCCAUUCUGAAAAUGGAUAUGUAGCCUUCGAGAUCAUUCCUUUGAAUCUAUACUAAACUUUGAUGGUCCACACAAUUUACUGUAAUGUUUUAUUGGUUUGCAAAAGUAUGUGGACGGCUGCUAGUCGAAUGUCUCAUUCCAAAAUCCUUGGCAUUAAUAUGGAGUUGGUCCCCCCCUUUGCUGCUGUAAAAGCCUCCACUCUUUUGGGAAGGCUUUCCGGGGCGGCAGCGUAGCCUAGUGGUUAGAGCGUUGGACUAGUAACCGGAAGGUUGCGAGUUCAAACCCCCGAGCUGACAAGGUCGUUCUGCCCCUGAACAGGCAGUUAACCCACUGUUCCCAGGCCGUCAUUGAAAAUAAGAAUAUGUUCUUAACUGACUUGCCUGGUUAAAUAAAGGUUAAAAAAAAAUAUGCUGGAACAUUGCUGCAGGGACUUGCUUCCAUUUAGCCACAACAGCGUUAGUGAGGUCGGGCGCUGGUGUCGGGCAAUUAGGCCUGGCUCACAGUCGUCCCAAUUCAUCCCAAAGGUGUUUGAUGGAGUUGAGGUCAGGGCUCUGUGCAUGCCAAUCAAGUUCUUCCACGCCGAUCUCAACAAACCAUUUCUGUAUGGACCUCGCUUUGUGUACGAGGGUAUUGUCAUGCUGAAGCAGGAAAGGGCCUUCCUCAAACUGUAGCCACAAAGUUGGAAGCACAGAAUUGUUGGAAGCACAGUUAUUGACAGACAAUUUUUACAUGCUAGGCGCUUCAGCACCUGGCGGUCCCGUUCUGUAAGUUUGUGUGGCCUACCACUUCGCGGCUGAGCCGUUGUUGCUCCUAGACGUUUCCACUUCACAAUAACAGCACUUACAGUUGACUGUGGCAGUUCUAGCAGGGUGGAAAUUGGACAAACUGACUUGUUGGAAAGGUGGAGUACUAUGAAGGUCACUGAUCUCUUCAGUACUGGCCAUUCUACUGCCAAUGUUUGUCUCUGGAGAUUACAUGGCUGUGUGCUCGAUUUGAUACACCUGACAGCAAUGGGUGUGGCUACAAUGGCCCGAAUCCACUAAUUUGAAGGGGUGUCCACAUAAUAACAUGAUAGACACUUAUCAUCAAUGUACAGUAAGAUCUAUUAGGUUACAAUUGGGGGGAGAGGAGACUGUCAGUGUGGUUUAUUUGCGUCAUACAUAAUUAACAAUCAAACUGGAGAAUAAAUUCCAACAAAGUAACAUGACUUAAUUCAUAUUUCCAUUUUCAUUGACAAGUAACUGGGCUGAUACUCAACCAGAUUUUUGUGGUGUUUUUAAACCAUUAAGCUUUAUGCUUACACACUAUCAUUUCUUGUUCUCCAUGUUGAAUCAAUUGUUUUUUAUACUUUGAAUUGAUUGCUUGGUGGUUUUUCUUCUUUUGGACUGAAAAUACAUCUUCAGGUUUAAACCAAAUGAAGUGUUUGAAACUAAGUGUAUCUGACAUUUUCUCCUUGC